AUGUUUUCUUGUUUCCUAACUGUGGCUGCUUUGGUAGGCUUAGGAUGUCAGGCUUGCAACUUUGACGGUCCAACUGAUGCUACUGUCGAGUUGGGUACUUACGAUGAUACUAUCAGUAAGUUGAUUUGGUACUGAUGGUUUAAUUUGCAUAACAAACGUUGUUUGAUUCUAUUAGAAUGGGCAAGUCGGGUACUCUCCUUGUUAUUAGGUACCGACAUAAAGAACCCGCCAUAUUUUUCCUGUAAUCUGUUUUAAAAAAUGGCUGGUUCUUUAUGUCGGCACCUUAUAUUAAUGAAGGCGCAACUAUCAAUUUUAAAAUUUUAAUUUUAGCGACCCAAAUCAGCGUUCCCGACCAAAAGAUUACUGUCGACGAAGCUGACAAUACUCUUGGAGUACCACAAAAAGUGAACGAUGCCUUCAAGAGAAACGUCGGUACUGACCAAGAUGUUGAUACCUACUUCCAAAGCAACCCACUCCUUCUGAACAUCACCACCGACUCAAAGGAUUCAUAUGGUACCAAGUCUAACAAUCAAUACAAAGUUACCGUACUCCCUGGUACUGACUGGGUGAUCGGUAAGAAUAUCUUCAACAGUUUGUGUGGUAACAAGCCUGCUCCAACUGAACGGCCAGCUGGCCGUAAACGUCGUUCGGCCGUUUUUUAUGUCAAGAAGGUUAAGAAGAACAAGAAGACUUCUGCUAAGCAACACAAGGGAUUCACUAAGAGCUUCAAGAACUUUACUCAAUGA